AUGACGGGCUCUGUAAUACAUUUGGCUAGGCAUGUGGAAAUGUUAAUCAAAUACAUAUAUCACAUUCAUAUUGCGGAUUUAAGACCUGCGAUCAAGCUCAAAACCUACAAAGAUAAUGGAAAACUUGGCGAGAUGUUGAAAUUUGGUUGUACUUCUUACAUCUUUGCUGACAUUUGGGAUAAGCGUCGGGUACUUAAAGGUGUUAGUCUUUUGCAUACUACAGCGAUCAACAAUGGUGGAAGGCCGGCGGGAUCCUCCGGCGACAAGCGAAGGACAGGAAAUCCAAGUUUUUCGAUUGAAGAAAUAAAUUCUGAAGGAGAACCAAAUCAUGCUUUUAAUGGUUCAGAGGAUGACGAUUUUGAUAUGGAAUUUGCAAUGGAACAAGAGUCGUUCUACAGUGAAGUUUCAGCUCUACCACACCACAAUCACAAGAAAAAAGCAAGGCCAAGUCUAAUGUUCGGGUCCGACACUCCUCUAGAUUAA